AUGGCCGCGAUAGCCUUGUGUGAUGAUGAUGAUGAUGAUGAGGCUAGAUGUCUUGCCGACUGGCAGGAAAGGUCUCGCUGGGCGCAGUUCCAGUAUGAUUGCCAACCGUCGGAGCAGGGCGCCAGCGGCUGCAAGCAGGAGAACUACGGAGCGUGUCUGCUUGCGUACACCGGCCUGAUUGGAAGCACAAUAACUCCUAACUAUCUUGACAACUCCACCUCCAACGUGGGGCCGUGGUGCUCCUGCGCAGCGAGUGGGAACCACAGGGAGCAGUGCAGCCUCUUCCUCACCGCCUUCCACGACAACAUCUGCCUGAAAAACUCCAUCGUGGCCUUUGGGAACGUAUCUGAUGAAAGAACGGGCGCCGCUCGGCCCGCGAUGCCAAGUCCCGCGACGGACAGCCACAGCCCCAACAUGGCCACCACCGCCCAGGGCGUCUCCAUGGAAACAGAGCAGAACAUCCUGAGAGCACAGAUACCGACUCAGGUGAGACGAGAUGGAAAUGUACGACGCCAGACCUUUGAGAAGAGCCCUAAAACGACUAGCGUACGCACGUACGACUUGGUCCAAGGUGGGGUCCCUCACACACUCGACCUUCGGACGUCCGUUCAGCGUCGGGAGGCGGAGAAGGAGUGGUUGUAG